AUGAGAUCAGUCCUUCUGGCCGCGGCUCUCGUAGCCGCUGCAUAUGCCAAGACUGGCAUCAUGCUUCCCCUAUACGAGUAUCCGUUUGGUGAUGCUGCAACCGUCGAUUGGGAUGCAGUAGUCUCGGCCGCGGCAGCACAUCCACAGCUGGACUUCUACAUCAUCAUCAACGACAACUCAGGUCCGCCGUACAGCCCGAACCCACCAGCCGCGAUCAAGGAUUUCGCACCAUACCUUGGCUCUCUAAACUCCCAUGACAACGUGAAGCUCAUUGGAUAUAUCGCCACCGGCUAUGGCAAGAAGACUGCCACCGAGGUGGAAGCGGCUGUCGACCAGUAUACAGAAUGGGCCACCGCUGAGGGUUGGGCAGCAGGCGUGCCGCACGAUAUCCACAUGGACGGGAUUUUCUUUGACGAGAUUGAUACUGCACCGUCCCAGCUCGACCACAACACACAGAUUAGCCAAUACGCCAAGACAAAGUUUGCCGCCUCUGGGGGUCCUGUCGUGUUGAACCCUGGUACCUUCGUGCAGAGCGGAAGCGAAUCGCUCUUUGAUGCCGCCGACGUGAUCCUCGACAUCGAGGCUUGUUACACGAACUCCAGUGGCCGCAUGGACUUCAACGGCUACGCUUGCGAUCCAUCCGCCAGCGGUUUCUCGGCCUUCACGCCUGCGACACUGGAGAAGCUCGGCAGCAACCCAACCUAUGUGUCCAAGUCAUCGGUUGUGGUGCACGACUUCUACGAGAGUUGGAAUCCUUACGAGCCGGCUUCCGAGGCCACACUGCAGACUUACGUGAACGCUAUCAUCGCGAAGGGUGUGCAUAGCUUCUAUAUCUCCCAGUUGGGCUAUCUUGGGAACUUCACGGCUGAGCCCGCUAGCAUAUCCAACGUUGCCAAGCUGGCUGCUGCAGCGCAAGGUCUGUCGUAA